UGCUCUAGUCUUUCUGCUCUUUUCACUGAUAGUAGCUAACGCGAUUCUCCUCCGGUCUACGAAAUACUCGCGCGCGUUUCUCUAUUCCAUAACUAUUAAUAACUUUAAUAAAUUCGAGAAAUCACGCGAUCGCUAACCUUCCCACCCUUUUAGCAACAAUUUUUUUUCGAUCGACUAUUCAACUAUGAAGAUGAAAGAUGAACCGCGAACCAGAUCCUCCUGGGAGAGAGAAAAUAUACAGGAUGAGGAUGAACCAGAAAGAGGAAACUGGGCGAAUAAAACAGAAUUCAUUUUAUCGUGUGCGGGUUACGCUAUAGGGAUAGGAAAUGUCUGGAGAUUUCCGUACCUCUGUUAUAGAAACGGUGGUGGAGCCUUUCUCGUGCCAUAUUUAUUGAUGCUAUUUCUGUGCGGAAUUCCGUUAUUUUUUUUGGAAUCUUCGCUGGGACAAUUCGGUGGAACUGGAUGCAUAACAAUGUUCAGGACGAGUCCGAUUUUCAAAGGUGCUGGUUUCGCAAUUGUUGUCGUAAAUUUAAUAUGCACGAUGUACUACAACGUGAUUAUAUCUUAUCCGUUGCUGUUUCUCGCAAUGUCGUUCAGGAAAAAAUUACCUUGGGAAGAUUGCGACAAUAGCUGGAACACCUACAAAUGUCUGAAGCUCGGUGCCGAUAUAUUCGGACAUAAAAACGAAUCGGAUCAGAUCGAGCUUAUCGGAAGGACGAAGACGCCGGCGGAUGAAUUUUUUCACAAUCACAUAUUACAAAUAUCUGAAAGUAUAGAAAACAUAGGCGGUAUAGUAUGGCCGUUGUUUACCUGCAAUCUCAUCUCCUGGAUAAUCGUAUUUCUAUGUAUUUGCAACGGGGUCAAGAGCGUGGGAAAGGUCGUCUAUUUCACAGCGACGUUUCCAUUCGUUAUAUUAUUCGUACUCCUUAUAAGGGGUGUCACUUUACCCGGGGCCUACGACGGUAUUCUAUUUUACAUAAUGCCCAAGUGGUCGCAGAUAACCAACCUAAAGGUUUGGGCGGACGCCGCUCUUCAAAUAUUUUUUUCUCUGGGUCCAGGUUGGGGUGGUAUCGUUAAUAUUGCGAGCUACAAUCCCUUCAAGAACAACAAUCGUCUCGACUCGAUUUUGGUACCCAUUUUGAAUUGCGGGACGAGCAUAUUUGCUGGAUUCGUAGUGUUUUCGGUUCUCGGUUUUAUGUCGCAUCAAACCGGACUCCCCGUCUCAACGGUGGCCACCGGAGGCCCCGGACUGGCGUUCGUAACAUAUCCGGAAGCCAUUACGAUGCUGCCUAUCCCUCAGCUGUGGGCAGUCCUAUUUUUCUUCAUGCUUUAUUUACUGGGAAUGGACAGUUGCUUUGUCCAAAUCGAAGCGAUAAUCUCCAGUGUAACUGACGCAUAUCCGAAAUUGAGAAAACACAAGCGUCUCGUUGCGUUGGCCGCACUAUUUAUUCUAUUCCUCGGAUCUCUCAUCUUCGUAACUAACGGUGGAAUGUACAUUUUACAAUUGUUCGAUUGGUACGCGGCCUCGAUAUCCGUAAUACUGAUUUGCCUGGUAGAAACAAUCGUCAUUGGUUGGACUUACGGAUGCGAGAAUUUCGUUCGCGAUAUCGAAUUUAUGAUCGGUGAAAAAAUUCACCCGUGGUGGCCACUCUGUUGGAAAUACGUCACGCCGAUCAUUUUGUCGUUUAUCUUCGUAACUACCAUAAUAUUCAACACACGAAUAACUUACAACGGAAUCGAUUAUCCCGAGUGGGCAAUUGUCGUCGGCUGGGGUUCUUGUUUCGCUAGUAUGAUUUUCAUACCGGGAUACGCCGGUUAUCAUUUUUGCAAAACCAAGGGUGGUUGGAGGGAACGUCUGGAGCAGGGUACUAACCCUACGCCCGAAUGGGGCCCGCAAAAAUUGGAAGACCGAAUCGCCUGGGACGAACACAAACGACGACUGAACAACCCGACAAAAAACAAAAAUUCAUCGUCUUCUACUCCGGCUGCUAACGGGAUCAAAGUGACCAGAGUUUGAGGCUGACGAUUAGUCGAGACUUCUUCGACUCCUCUCCACCGUUUCAACAUGUCCAGCCGAAUUAUUUAGUGUAUACGCGAAAACGCCCGCAGAUGACAUAUUUUCUGAAGUCAUCGCCUGUCGCCUGAAAAUAUUAUUCCACGAAAUUAAAAAUGUUAUGCGAACGUUA